AUGGGCGGGGCUAACGGUCCCAUCCGGGGAACUCCGCCCUCCUCAGGCUUUUCACCCCCUCCCCCCACUCCCGCCAAAUCCCCCACCCGGGCUCCCCGCAUCGGCGGGGGGUGGGGGGCGUCCCCCAGUCAGGGGGGUCGCAGCCCUCGAGGGGGUGGGCGCGGCCCUGGUGGCGCCCGCACAAAGGCCAGGCGACCCGUCAGUCACGCAGUCUCGGGUCGGGGCGGGGGUCGACAGCUGACCCCGGCUUCCUCGGACAAUGGGGGCCGCGCCCGCCGGGAGGAGGGUCCCCGCCCCCUAUUGUCUCCUGCGGACCCGCUUCCGCGCCCCCUACAGGGCCCGGGCCCCGCCCAAGCUGCGGCCGCAGGCGCCGCAUCCCCGGAGCCCCCAGUCCCACCAAGUCUCCGAGAGAGGCUCCGCCCGGCGUCAGACACAAAGCAGCGCCCGUCGGACCCCGGACCGUCACGGACCCCGACCCCGCUCCUCUCCGCGGGGAUGCCAUCCAGCUCGGCGUUAGCCACAGCCGGCCUCCAGCCCACCCCACCUCCCCCGCCCUCCAAUGCCUCCGCCGCUGCUGCUGCUGCCGCCGCCACUACGCCAGGGCCCCGCACCCACCUGCUCGGUCCGAGCCGCCCGGCCACACUCCGAGCACCAACAGACCGGGGCGCGCACAAAAGCGCCAAACAGCGGCACGUGACCGCCCCGCGGGGCUCCGCAUUGGCUGAGCUCGGCGGCACCAGCCUACCGUCAGUCACCACAUCCAGCAUACCCCCGCACAAGCCUGUGACAACAGCCACCGCUGACAGGCCUGACAACUCCCCCAGCAAGCCGGGGUCACUAGGAUUGUCUCUUCAGAACUCAGAUUCUCCUGGCCCCAGGACUGGGCAGCCCUCUUCCUCUUCUGCAGUCUGUUAA